AUGCACAGAUGGACCACAGUGACGUAUCUCUCGAUCGGGACAGAGAUAGCAGACGACUGGUUGAUAUGGCAGCGUCAUGCUCCAGUCGUAGCGUUGAGGUACGAUUGCUUGAUGGAGACGAUCAUGGCAUUGACCGCCUUUGAGCUGGCAUACUCGUUUCCGGAUGAUGCUGUCCGGUGGAUGAAUGUCGCGCUCGGCUACCAGGGCUCGGCAUUCCACAGCUUCCGUGACCAGCUCCAGAAAUCAAGUGGUGACGACUACGAUGCCAUGAUCUAUUCGUCUGUGUUGCUGAUGGUUUUGGCUAUGGCGUCCGCCACCAGCUCUGUCCUGGCGCAUGCCCAAUUGGAAAGUACAAUCGACCACUGCAUGGCGCAUCACGAACUUGUCGUCGGAACAGCUUUAGUAAUGACCAAGGAUGGCCCCAACAGAUACAAGCCGCAUGCACUCUGGAGCAAGGUACCGGACUUCCUAUCGUUAGACAAGCACGGCCUGGAAGCAGCAGUCGAAGAUGUACUGAAGAAGGUGGAGGCACUCAAUGAAGCUCGAGGGCCGGAUCGGAGUGAUGCAGGGUUGUUCAAUCAGAUCCCUUCAUCGCAGUACAUGGGCUGCAAGACGGCGUUAGUGUGGACAAAGUUCAUGUUUCAAGCGUGCACGUCCAAGUUACUUCGUAGCUACACGCUCGGGUGGCUGACAUGCUGCGGGAAAGAUUACAUCCAAGCGGUGAAAGACGGCGACCGGGUGUCACUGCUGCUGAUGCUGUUCUGGGGAGUUCUGUUGCAUCCUCUGGGUGACGAUUGUUGGUACGGCAAAGGUUUCGGGAAGUCGCUGGUCGAUGAAGUCUCGGACGCGGUCCAGAAUGACGUGGGUCAGGAUGGGUUAGAACUAGACGUGAUCGUGUGGGCGAAGAAUGAGCUCAACUGUUAA